AUGAAUACUGAAAACUGGACAACUGAUUUGGUAUACUUAACGAAGAGAGCGAAUUUUGUUUCUUUAGCUUUAGGCAAACUCGGUUUUCGACAUCUGUACAACUGCCACCAGAUGGAGCUGAUUCAAGAUUGUAUUGCGUUUGAUGUUGCAUCAUUGGUAUUAUUUGGUACUCAAGCAAUUCCAAUUAGACUCAAAAUUCUUCUGGAUCGUAUAUUCAGUGUUCUUCAAUAUGAUGAAGUUCUACGUGUGCUUCAGUGUUUUGGUUGGACUUACGAAGACUAUGUUCGAGGCUACAUUCUUCAGGAUGCGACUGGAAAUGUCCUGGAAAGGUGGACACUGACCACUCGAGAAGAAGAGCCGUUGAUUCUCCAGCAAUUCCUGCGUUUUGGAGAAACUAAAGCCAUCGCCCAACGUCUCCUUCUGUUGGAGUGUGAUAAGAAACCUGAUGAAAUACUCAAAACAGACUCUGAUAUUCGUAGAUUUAUCGAAAGAACUAACAAAGUAGCCAGAGCAGACAUGGUAAAAGACGAGAUGACCAACAAAGUAGCCAGAGCAGACAUAGUAAAAGACGAGAUGACCAACAAAGUAGCCAGAGCAGACAUAGUAAAACAAGAGAAGGUGUUGUCAAACUUAUCAACUGUAUCUUCAUCCUAUCGGCCAUCUUAUUAUAUAGAUCCUUCUAGUGGCAGUUCCACUCAUCCUCUAUCACCCUCUACAGACUCUCCUGUAAACUACAGUAGCUCGCUAUCUCUAAACAACCUUCAACCAUACGACUUCCGAAGACAGAAGUCUAGUCUAGAACUCCAUUAUUCUAGUGGUGUUCUUGGUCCGUCCCGGAUAACCCCACAAACCUCCAAUAAUGCUAUCAGUACUGCUCAAUCUAACUACACUAACACCACCGCCAUCUUGAACUCCGAUCUCAGCGCCACAGAUUGCGGGUCGGAUGAAGACAACAAGAUAUUAAUCAGUAUAAGUCAGAAAGGAACCUAUACUUCUAAUUCGAAUUACCUUACUAAAAAGGUGAAGAACGUAUGCAACCCUGUGAAGAGACGUUGGUACCCAUUAGAACUGAAUGUUUUAAACUCUAGACAAUCCACUGGAAAGAAACGGGUCCAAUGUCACGGAUGUUUUAAAACUUUUUGUGAUAAAGGUGCUCUUAAAAUUCAUUUUAGUGCUGUACAUCUUAGAGAAAUGCAUAAGUGCACUGUACAAGGGUGUAAGAUGAUGUUCAGCUCAAGACGAAGCCGGAACCGCCAUAGUGCCAAUCCUAACCCUAAACUUCACACUCCAACUUUUAGAAGAAAGAUGAAUCCUCAUGACGGACGAGUAGCCAAUCCUUACCCUGCCCUUUCUUCAAGUGUCAAAUUAAAGAACAAUAACGUGUCACUUAACUUCAGUUCUUCAAUACCAGACCGAGACUCUACGGAUCUUUUGAAUUCCUCUCAGUUGCCAUCUAAUAAUCAUAUCACAAAUGAUAUUUCACUAAACUCCUCAAUCAUUAACAAAGGUGUGCGUAAAAGAAAAAGUUUCAAACCAACCAAGUGUGCUGUUACUAGUAAUAACGAGAUACAAUACGUGUCAACUGGAGAGUCCUCUAGUGAUACAUUCAUGAACCAAGUUGAGGAAAAUGACGACGUCGAUCUUUUCGAGUCAAAAUCCGAAAACGUAUGUGGCGAUUCGAAAGAUGGCGAAUUCAAUAAAGAUAAGCUUAGCAUAGAAGUAUUAGAAGAAGAGGAACCGGUGAACAUUAGAUUUAAAGAGGAUAAACCUGUUAUUUCUGAAAAUUGUGAGAAUCCGCUCCACUACCUUGAGAAUUUGUCCAUGAAUGUCUACACUAAUAAAGUAAAAACUCCAGUACGGAGUCUGAUAAGUAACCAUUUAUCCAAAUCUGCUGGAAUAUCGUUCCAUGCUCGAGGUUUAGGCCUGGCAGCACCCGUGUCGACAGAAGACGCCUGUGGAACAAAUAAAGACGCCAUUUCUUCCCCGCAAGGGCUAAGUUCCACUGACCAGGACUCAAAUCCCAGCAUUGACCAAAGCUUUUCUCUCACAGUGGACAGUGGCAUCCCAGUGGACAAAGAAAACCCAAGGCGGUGCAUAACUUGUGGCAAGGUCUUCCAGAACCAUUUUGGUGUUAAAACACAUUAUCAAAAUGUCCACCUUAAACUCAUGCAUAAAUGUACAAUGGAAGGCUGUAACGCUGCUUUCCCGUCGAAGCGUAGUCGAGACAGGCAUAGUGCCAAUAUAAAUCUCCACAGAAAGUUAUUGUCCACGAGCUCUGGAGUCUUGAAAAUAACCAGUACAUAUCCUUACCAAGUUGAUGCUUUGAGAGACGAUCUAAUCUCACGUCUGUACGACCCCCAGGCCUACGUAGACUUCUAUCAAGGAAGAAUUCAUACUUGUAGGCGAGAGGAUAUGGAUGCUAAUACUGUGUUUACAAGUCAUGCAUUACCCUUUCACCCAGCAUUAUUACUUUCUACCAAUACCUCUUCCUUCCCAGAAGUGAUUGCUGGACGGUUAGAUAUAAACGUUCGUGAGACUCCUCUUACGACACUUUCUGGUCGACAGGCGAAGAUUACACUACCAAAAGAAAACCAAAUAAAUCGUUCUACAUCUGUUACAUUAGACGAGAAUCUUCUUCCCAACUCGGAAGGGCAGUACACAUGUGAAUUUUGUGAAAAAAGAUUUAAAGAGGGUGAACACAUGAAGAGUCAUUACGAGACGUUGCAUGCGGGGGAACUUUUGGUGUGUUCUGGGGAUGGUUGUGACAGGGCAUUCCUCACGAAGAGGGCAUGGAACUCUCACACUCAUCAAGAUAGGGGUCCCACUGUAGCGCAAGCAGCCGUCUCGAGUGUUACGUAGCUUAUCCUGUAUCAGCCGUCUCGAGUGUUACGUAGCUUAUCAUGUAGCAGCCGUCUCAAGUGUUACAUAGCUUAUCAUGUAGCAGCCGUCUCAAGUGUUACAUAGCUUAUCAUGUAGCAACCAUCUCAAGUGUUACAUAGCUUAUCAUGUAGCAGCCGUCUCGAAGUGUUACAUAGCUUAUCAUGUAGCAGCCGUCUCAAGUGUUACAUAGCUUAUCAUGUAGUAACCAUCUCAAAUGUUACAUAGCUUAUCAUGUAGCAACCAUCUCAAAUGUUACAUAGCUUAUCAUGUAGCAGCCGUCUCAAGUGUUACAUAGCUUAUCAUGUAGCAGCCGUCUCAAGUGUUACAUAGCUUAUCAUGUAGCAAUCAUUUCAAGUGUUACAUAGCUUAUCAUGUAGCAGUCAUCUCAAGUGUUACAUAGCUUAUCAU